AUGGCUAAAGGUUUCUUCAUCAGUAAAGCGGUUGGAAUUGGAGGGAUCUUCGUAGGAGUGGCUGCCCUGUCCAUCAUCAUUGCUCUGUCUGUCGUUUACUCUCAGGAAAAGUCCAAAAACAACAACAACCAGGUGUCACCAACUGAUGGCGGGGGAGGAACGACCACCACAUCAUCCACUAAACCCACAACGACCCCUCCAAACAAUCCGUGGAACAAAUACCGGUUGCCACAAACUCUGGUACCAAUCGAGUACAAUGUGACUCUGUGGCCCCGACUGAAACCAGAUCCAGCUACUGGACUUUACAUCUUUACAGGUGAAUCGUCUGUGUUGUUUGAGUGCGUGGAAGACACGGACCUCAUCAUUAUACACUCAAACAAGCUCAACUACUCAGGUUCAAUGAGUGAUGGGGGGUUUGCACAUCUCUCGGCCGUCAGUGGGCACAGCGUGCCUUCUGUCAAUGAAGGCUUCCUGUUUUUUGAGACCCAGUUCCUGGUUUUAAAACUAAAUGGCAAUCUGCUGAAGGGCCAACUUUAUAUACUUUCCCUAAACUUCACCGGAGAGCUGGCAGAUGAUCUGGGAGGUUUCUACAGGAGUGAAUACACAGAGGGUGGAACGAAAAAGGUCAUGGCGACCACCCAGAUGCAGCCAACGGAUGCCAGGAAGUCCUUCCCCUGCUUUGACGAACCGGCCCUGAAAUCUUAUUUCAACAUCAUUCUGAUCCAUGAUGUGGGAACCGUGGCUCUGUCCAACGGCAGGGAACUAGAAAGCAAGAACGUCGUUAUAGAUGGGCAGAAUGUGCUGAGAACAGUUUUUGAGCGCACCGAGAAGAUGUCCACCUAUCUGCUGGCAUUCAUCGUUAGUGACUACGGCAAUAUUGGCAACAACAUCGGCGGAGUUGAUAUCCGAAUCUUUGCCCGGAAACCUGCCAUCACUGCUGGCCAAGGAGACUAUGCCCUCAACAUAACCGGACCCAUCCUGAAAUUCUUUGAGGAGUACUACAACUCCACAUACCCGCUGCCCAAAUCCGAUCAGAUAGCCAUCCCUGAUUUUAAUGCGGGAGCCAUGGAGAACUGGGGCCUGAUCACAUACAGAGAGACGGCGCUGCUGUAUGAUGAGGAAUUCUCCUCCAACUCCAACAAGCAGAGGAUCGCCACCAUCAUAGCUCAUGAACUGGCCCACAUGUGGUUUGGAAACCUUGUCACUCUGCGCUGGUGGAACGACUUGUGGCUGAAUGAAGGUUUUGCAUCGUAUGUCGAGUAUCUGGGUGCGGACGAAGCCGAACCAGAGUGGAAUGUGAAAGACCUCAUCGUCCUGAGCGACGUCCACAGGGUGUUUGCUGUUGAUGCUCUGACCUCAUCUCACCCGCUGUCCUCCAAGGAGGAAGACAUCCAGAAACCAGCCCAGAUCAGCGAGCUCUUCGAUGCCAUCUCAUACAGCAAGGGAGCGUCUGUCCUCAGGAUGCUCUCAGACUUCCUGACUGAACCGGUAUUCACCAAAGGACUCCAGAGCUACCUGAAGGAGUUUGCUUUUUCAAACACAGUCUACACAGACCUGUGGAAGCAUCUGCAGAUGGCUGUAGAGGCCACCACCACCGAACUUCCUGACACUGUCAAUAACAUCAUGAACACCUGGGUGCUACAGAUGGGCUUCCCUGUGGUCACCAUAGAUACCACCAGCGGCGCUGUUUCCCAGAAGCACUUCCUCCUGGAUCCAGACUCUGAAGUAACCACUCCAUCUCCCUACAACUAUGAGUGGAUUGUUCCAAUCAAAUGGAUGAAAACCAAAAUAAUCCAGACCCCAAAAUGGCUCACACAAAAAUCAGAUACUGUUAACGAGAUGAAGGUGACGACGACUUCUGACUGGGUGCUGGUCAACCUUGACGUGGUUGGUUACUACAGAGUCAACUAUGAUGAAGGCAACUGGGACAGACUACUAAGCGCUCUGAGCGCCCGCCAUGAGGACAUUCCAACAAUCAACAGAGCUCAGCUGGUGGAUGAUGCCUUCAACCUGGCCAGAGCCAAGAUCAUCCCUACAGUGCGAGCUCUCCAGACCACCCUGUACCUGAAGAACGAGAGGCAUUACAUGCCGUGGCAGUCUGCUCUGAACAACCUGGACUUCUUCUUCCUGAUGUUCGAUCGGAGCGAAGUGUACGGACACAUGCAGGAUUAUCUAAGGAAUCAGGUCACGCCUCUGUUUGAGCACUACAAAACCGUAACCGACAACUGGACCAAAGUACCAACAGGACACAUGGACCAGUAUAAUCAGGUGAACGCCAUCAGCCUGGCCUGUAGAACUGGUCUGAAGGCGUGUCAAGAUCUGGUCCAAGGAUGGUUUAAAAUGUGGAUGGAUUCCGGCAACAACCCGAUCCACCCCAACCUGCGCUACACUGUGUACUGUAAUGCCAUUGCAGCAGGAGGCGCCGCAGAGUGGAACUUCGCCUGGGAGCAGUUCCAGAACGCCAGCAUCGCUACUGAAGCUGAUAAACUGCGUGCUGCGUUGGCCUGCACCACAGAGCCAUGGCUGCUGAACAGGUAUCUGGAGUACACUCUAAAUUCAUCCCUGAUCCGGAAGCAGGACGCCACCUCCACCAUCGUCUACAUCGCCCAGAACGUGAUCGGUCAGUCUCUGGCAUGGGACUUCGUCAGGGCUCGGUGGAAUUACAUCUUCACUCAGUAUGGUGGUGGAUCGUUCUCCUUCUCCAACCUUGUCAAUGGAGUCACAGAACGCUUCUCCACAGAGUUUGAGCUUCAGCAGCUGAAGCAGUUCAAGGAGGAUAACGCCGAUGUGGGUUUCGGGUCUGGGACUCUGGCAGUGGAUCAGUCCAUUGAGAGAACCCAAGCCAACAUGAAAUGGAUUGCAGAGAACAAAGAAAACGUUCUGAACUGGUUCAUAGAAGCCGUCAAAACACCAACAUAAACAUAGCUCUGCUUAGUUGUUUUUAUUUCAUGAAAAAUGUGCUUUUAUCAUGAAAUAAAUUUCUUUGGAAAAGCUUAACAAUCAUUCUGGUCCAAUUAUGUUUUUUAUUUUUUUUAUUUUUAAACACCCCAAAGCAGCAUUUAGAGCUUAGUUAUUUAAUUUGAUCCAAGUUGAGAUUAAAAUUGUUCUAUUGAAGGAAAUCAACAGAGCAGUAGCAGUAAAGAAAUAAGCAACCAAACACCUGAAGUUGGACAUUAGUUCAGAAAACUUUAGUACAGAAAUUAGUUUGUUUUUUUCCCUUCAAUUUUUAACCAAAUGUUUUAGGAUACAUAACAAUAAAUGGUUAAGAAAAAUAGUUUGGUCCUUCUUUUCAGACACCAGUCAAUUGUGAUGUCUUUUUUGGAGGAAUAACCAUAAGAACUGUCAUCUCAGCUUAUUUAUCUCAGGAAUUAUUGUGAAUUGUAAUGUAUGGUAACAUUAGAACAUCAUUAAAUGGGGUUUAAUAUUUAUAAGGUUUGUUUUGGUAAUGACAGCUGUAUUCAUUCAUGAAAUCAGCCUGAACCAGUGUUUUUUUUGUGUGUCCUGUUGCUGCCUCUAACUGAACAGAAUAUUUUGAGUAAAACUGUCUGUGCA